AUGGAUUAAUAGCACUAACCUAGGAAUAACAAAAAACGAUUAACAAUUUCCAAAGAAUUGGCUUAAAGAAAGUAAAGCAUAAUUUAGUAAUUUUAAUGUAAUCUAAUGUUUUUUAUUUUGAUUAGCUGGUACUCAAAUAGUAAAGUAAGAUUCUUCAUCCAAAUUGAUAAAACAAGAAAAAUAGAAUAGAAAAGAAUCUAUAGAUUCAUCCUUAAAUUCUCGCUCAUCUUUCUAAAAAUAAAAAAAGUUUUUUAUUUGCUUUAAAAAGUAGAAAAUAAAUAGAUAAAGAAUCAGAUGGAAUCCAAGAAUAUAAUUUAAAUUCAUCUGAUUAUUCAGAAGAAACUAUAUUAACCGUAUAAUAUGUUUCAUAUGAAUCAAGAAGAACAUCAUAAAAGUUUAUUUCGACACUCAAUGAAAAACCUCAGAAUUUUAAUUCUAAAUUUGAUUAAGAGAUUAAAAAAGUAAAAGAAAAAGAUAAUCUAUUGAAAUUUGCUAAUUUAUUUUAGUUGGAUUUUGAAGAAUCAUAAGAAAAUGAAAUAGCAUACAAGAAAAUAAUAAAAAGAUAUGAUAAACAAUAUCAAAGAAACCCUUUUUAAGAUCCAUAUUACAUCUAAUUAGUACCAUUAACUGGUUUGAGUCGAUUAAUUUAUGAAUUAAAGGUAAAAUAAAAUUAUAAUAUUAAGAAAUAUUAAGAUAAUGCUAAAUUUUUGUAAAUUCGCAAAAGCUUAGUUUUUCUAUCCUUAGUAUUUGCUAUCUUAGCCAAAGAAAUGAUGAAGAGUAGAAUAUAUAAAAUUUUAAUGACAAUCUUAAUAUUAUUUAAUGUUGUCUUAUUUAUAGUCGUUAAGACAUAGCAUAGAGAAGAUACUUUUGAAAUAGAAUAGGUAAUAACUAUAUUAUUUAUAAUUGAAAUUUUGGUUAGAAUAUUUGUUUCAGGAUUUUUCUUUACAAAAAAUGCGUUCUUUAGGAAUAUUUAAGAUAUUUAUGAUUUCACAUUGAUAUUUGCAACUACUAUCAAUCUUUAUUAUCCAGAGAUUUUUAUUAUAGAUAUAUCACCUUUGAGAAUGAUUACACUUCUUUUCUAUCUUGGAGAUAUAUUUGUUGGUUUGGGUGUUAUGCUUUUGGCUUUGAAAUAGUCAAUUAAAUUUUUAUUAGAGGCACUUAUGAUAGUUGGACUCUUUUCUUUAUUCUUUGCAAUUUGUGGAGUUUUUUUAUUUUAAGGAUUAUUUAAUUUUAGAUGUGAAUAUGAUAAUGGUGAUGAAACAGAUGGAUGGGUAUAAUGUCAUUAAAAUUAAUGUUAUGAAGAUGGCAUGACAUGUAAAUAUACUGAAGAUACUCCUAAAAUGCCAACAUCAUUUAAUAAUGUAAUCUAUUCAUAUGGUUAAAUUUUGAGAACUAUUACAAUGGAUGAUUGGAGUUGGGUAAUGUUUUUUACAAUGAGAAUAUUCCAUCCUUAAGUAUGGAUAUACUAUUUAGGAAUUAUAUUUUUGUGUGGUUUUUUUGGUUUUAAUUUGGUUAUAGCUGUGUUAAAAACUCAUUAUGCUGAAGCUGCUGAAGAAAGUGAAAAACAAUAAGAAAAACUUAGGAUUGAUAAAUUGAUUAAAGAUAAUUAAGAAUAUCCAGAGAGAGAAUUAGUAAAUGUCUUUGAUGUUGCUUUUUUAAGAUAUAUAGGGUUUUUUGCAACUAUACAAAAAUAUCGAGAAUCUUUUUAAAAAAGAACUAUUCUUAGUUGGAAUCUAGAAUCAGAAGCUUAAAUGAAUAAAACUAUUAUUGAAGCUAGAACUUUAUCAGCAGCAUAGAAAAAAUUAAGUAAUUAAUAUGUAAUAAAUAAAUAAUAUAUUAUAGAAUGUAGAAAAUCAAAGUUUUUAAAAUAAAUUAAGGGAACUUACAUUAAAGAAUCUUUUAUUAACUAAAUUUCGUUUAUUGAAAUAAUAAUAGAAAAAAAUAAAUAUCAAAAAAUAUUCAGAUGAUCCAAUAGAAUUAGAAAUUUUAUAAAAAUUAUAGAAUUUUUCAUAUUCAUGUUUAUAAUCCUAAGUGAAUUAUUAAAUUGAAUAAUAAUUUACAAGUUAACAUGAUAUUUUGUUAAAAUUAAUGUAUAUUUUAAUAAUUUAAUUAAUUAGUGAGAUUGAUUUAGCAUUAUAAGAAGAAAAGAAAUUCAAUCCAGAAAAAUUAAGAAAGAUUAAAUUUAAACAUUAAUAUCCUGAUUGGUAAAGUCAAGUAUAAAAGAUAAAGUAAUAGGCUCAAAGAUCUAUUUAAAUAAAAAAUAAUAAGUUUCCUUGUAAAUAUAAAAAACAUAAUAAAUGGAAAACAAUUAUAAAGAUUGAAGAUGAAAAAGAAUAAGAAACAAGUAAAAAUUCAAUUGAUGCUUUUGAAAGAUCUCCUGAAAAGAAAUUUAAUUUUUGUUUUGAUAAAAAUGUUUCAAUUAAAAAAAAGUCAAAAAAAUUUGCAAAAUUUGUUAAUGGUGAAAAUGUUGUUUAUGUUCAAGGUUAUUACAUUACUUAUUAAGAAAUAAAAGAUAAAAUAAAUAUUAAAAUACCUACAUUAAAAAAUAAUUAAACUAGCAAUCAAUUUAAAUAUAGAAAAAUAAGAGAGAAGGAACUUUAAAAUGGUAAAUUGAUUACUUCUAGUAAUUGGUCAGGUAAAGAUGUUUUAAUUCUAAAUACAAAGAAUUUAUAAAUGUUUAGUCAUAUAUUCCUAUAACUUAAUUAAAAAGAUCUUUUAAUAUGGAUGAAAGGUCUUAAAGGUAUGUUUUUAAAUUUUAACAAACAUACAAAUAAAAUAAUUACAAGUUCAACAAGUUAAACAUUUUUUGAUUUAAUAAUUUUCAUUAAUUUUACUUUUUUAGCACUUUGGAAUAUUGUUGAUUCUACUACUAUCCAUUCAGUUGAGAAUGCUUCAACAAUUAUUCUAUCAUUUGAAUUAGGUCUAAGAUUAAUAUCAAUCCCAAUAAAAUAAUUUACUAGUAAUCCAAAUUAUUUGUUUUAAGCAGCAAUAGUAAUUUUAAAUAUCAUUGAAUUAACUAUAAAAGAUUUAUUAAUUGAUUUAGGAGAAUAGAAUUUGAGAUUAAUUAGAGGUACAAAAUGCUUAUUAUUUUAUCGAUGUCUAAAAUAUAAUGCAAUGGCUGUUAAAAUAGGGCAUAUAGCUUCAAUGACUUUCAAAUAAUAUAUCUAUUUGACAUUUUUAAUGUUCUUAGUUAUUUUUAUGUAUGCUUUAGUAGGAAUGGAGAUGUAUGCUGGUGAAUUUAAUUAAACAGAUUCUUUAGGAUAAUUACAUUCAUAUGAUAAUAUAUUUAAGGCAUUUAUGACAAUAUUUAAUAUAAUGACAAAUGAUGAUUGGUAUGGAGUCUAUGUGAUGGGUAGUGAUUUAAAUUACACUUUUGCUGUAAUCUAUUCAUAUUCUAUGGUUAUCAUAUUGAAUUAUUUAACAUAUGGUUUAUUUAUGGCUAUUCUACUUGAUGGUUUUGGUAAGUAUCUAAAUUAAUCAAUUGAUAAUACUCAUAUAUUUAAAUCUGAAGAACAUGCUCAAUUGACUAUGAAUUCAAAUGAGGAAUUAGAAUAAUAAAUUUAUUAAACAAUACUUAGUCCUCAAGCAUCUUAAACUAAUAUAAUGUUGGAAUAAACUUAAACAUAAGGAAAAUCAAAGGUUGGCCUCAUUACAAACUUUCUUAAAUCAAUUAGUACUUAUUAUUUAUUAAAUCAUUAUAGGAUCUUUGAAUAAAGAAUUACUUAAUAAAUCACCUAAACUCUAUACAGGAAUUGAAUGUCAAACAUCCCUUUACAUAUUUGAAAAAAAUAAUUAUUUUAGAAUGAUGUGUACUAAAUUAGCUACAUCCAAAUCUUAUAUAUACUUUAUGGAUUUAAUUUUAUAUGCUUCCUUAAUUACAUUUAUAAUGAAUACAUAUUAUGAUUAUGAAGAUACUAACAAUACUAUUUGUGAUUACAUUUAGUUGAUUAUUAAUAUUCAAAUGUUUUUAGACAUAUUGAUAAAUAUUAUAGCAAAAGGUUUAUUUUUAGAUAAAGGAUCUUAUUUUGUAUCAAUAUGGUAAAUUUUAGAUGUAAUAUAUAUAAUAUCACAUUUUAUAACAUUUAAUAAUUCUUCUGAUCAUUAUGCUAAGAUAUUUGACCUUUGUUUGUAUUUAGGAUAUUUAAGACCAAUGAAAUUAUUGUUUAGAAUAAGUUGGUUGACUUAAUUAAGAAUAGCAUUAGGAUAUUCUUUGGUUGAUAUUACAAAUGUAUUGAUUACAAUGUUAGCAGUAUGGAUUAUGUUUGGAGUAUAUGCAAUUAUAUUGUAUGAAGGAUAAUUUGGAUUUUGUGAAGACAAAAUGAAUUUUAAUAUUAAUUAUGAAUAAUGUAUAAAGGAGAAUAGAAAUUGGAUUAAUUAUAAACAUAAUUUUGAUAAUAUAACAAUAGCAAUACCUUCAUUAUUUGUAACAUCAACAUUAGAUGGAUGGGGAGAAAUAUUUUAGAUUGCUGAAAAUAGUUAAUCAGCUAAUAUUGGACCAUAAGCAUUCAAUAGUUAUGUUUAUACUUACUUCUUUUUUAUUAUAUUUGUCUUUAUAGGUUCAAUGUUCUUUUUGAGUUUAUUUACAGGAGUAUUAUAUUCAAAUUUGAAAGAAAAUCAAUAAAAAAUAGAGAUGACAGAUGAAACUUAAUCUUAGAAAGAAUUCUAAAAGAUAUCAUCUAUUAUUAUAAAAGAUUUUCCUAUAUUUAGUUCUCCUCCAACAAAUGGUAUGAGAAAAUUAGCAUCAGAUAUAACUAAUAAUACAUAUUUAUUAAUAUGUAUGUAUUUAUUUUUAAUAUUGGAUUUGGUAAUUUUAUUAUUAUUUGAAUCAGAUAUGAGUGAAGAGUAUUUUAGAACUGUAAAUAAUAUACAUAAUGCAUUGACUGUUUUAUAUGUAAUUUGGGUGGUUUUAUUAUUUUUGGCUUUGGGAGUAGGUAGAUUUUUUGAUAAUUAUUGGAGACGAUUUUAUUUUAUUCUUAUAAUAGUAUCAAUAAUAGAUUUUAUAGCAGAUUAUUCUGUUGAUUGGAUUAUGAUUUAUUAAAAAUCAACACCACAUGAUAAUGGUUAUUAAUUAUUAAGAUUAUUUUUUUCUUUAAGAAGUCUAAGAGUAAUAUUAAUAUUUCAAGGACUUAUUAAUUUAUAAAGAUUAAUGAGAGUAAUGGUAUUUGCUUUGCCUUUUUUAGGAAAGAUAUUUACAAUUUUAAUGAUUGCAAUGCUUAUUUUUGCAUUAAUAGGAUGUUAAUUAUAUGGUUAAAUUGAUAGUGGAGCUGUAAUGGAUGAUUAAAUUAAUUUUUAAAAUGUAGCUUAAGCUCUUCUUGCUUUAUUUAAAUGUGCUUCUGGAGAUGAUUGGAGAACAAUAAUGACUGAUACUAUGUAACAUAAUCCUUUGUGUUUAGAAGAUCCAAAAUAUUGUGGAAGUGUUAAUAGUUAAUAUUUUUUCUUUUUAUUUAUGCUCUUGUCAAAUUAUGUAUUACUUAAUCUAUUUGUUCUUGGUCUUAUAGAAUAAUUUGAAUAAUUCUUUUAAUUAUAAAAUUCACUCAUAUAAACUUAUGUUGAAAAUGUAGAUAAGAUCAAAACUGUAUGGUGUAAAUACUCUUCAGAAACAUAAGGUUAAGCAAUGAAUUAUAAGUUUUUAUGCAAAUUUCUAUUAGAUAUAGGUAAACCUUUAGGAGGAAGUAAAGAAGAGAAUCUUUGGGAUGUAGCUAAAUUGGCUUCAUCAUUUAAAUUGAAAUGGUAUUGUUUUUGUUUCUAUAUUAUUAGUGAUCAUUAUGGUUAUAUAUAAUAUAAUCAUUUGAUGUAUGAAUUAUUUAGAAGAUGUUUUAUAAAUGAAGUAUUUAGAGAAGGUACUGAAUCUUCAAUAGUAAAAAUCAAAUAAUUCAAUAAAGAAAUGUAGUUGAGAUUGAUGUACUAUAGAAAAAAUAGAUUAUUGGAGAGAACAAAUAUUAGUCCAAGUAAAUAAUUAAAAGCUAAUUUCAAUAUUUUACAUGACUAUUUAACUGUUUUGAUAUUAUUUAAAACAUGGGAAUCUUAUUCCAAAUUAGUUUUUAUUAAGAUUGAUAAAGAAGGUAAUUUUUCAGAUUGUGAUGAUAUUAGUAUUUAGAAUGAUAAAGUCAGUAAAUAAAAGUAUACAAUAUUUUUAAUUAAUUUAGUUUCAACAUUUACAAUUAUGAUGAUGAUAUGUCAGAUUCUGAUAAUAUGACUUAAAAUUAAUAGAGUAAAUAAUUAUCAUAAAUGUUUAAUAAUACAAUGAAUCAAAUGUUAUAUAGUAGUAGUAUUAGAAGUAGUCCAAAAAGUUAAAUAAAAAAUAGUCUAAAAAAUUCUAGUUUUAAAAAGAAUCUUAAAAUGAAACAUAAAAAGAAAGAUAAUUAAAAAAAUAGUUUAAAUGAAAGAAUAAUUGAUCCAACAGAAUAUAUUAUAUAAACAAAACAUUAAACUACUCUACAAAGUCAAGAUCUUUAAGAAUAAGAAUAAUUACCAAUAUAUAGAAAUUAAUUUGAUCUAUCUCUCUAAAGUGAAUAUUAGUAAGGUACCUUAUUAAGUGCAAAAAGAAAUUAAUGA